UUCUGGGACCUCCCUGAUGACAUCAAUGUUACCAGGAUCAUGAACUAUUAUGAAAAAGAGUCUGAGGAGCAGGAUGGCCCAGCUGACCACCCUGAACAGAUUGAUAAGCCUCUGACUGACAACAGCAUUAAUGAACAUUUUACACCCUGGAUGGAUGCCAAUCCUAUAAUCAGGUCAGAAGACUACGUUGAAGGGAUUGAAUCAAUGACAGAGGAAAGCCUUUAUGAGUGUUUCCCAUUUCAAAUGGAUAAAAAUAACACUAUCAGCUGUGAGCAUUUUAAAAGCGAAGAUAUUAUUGAUGGAUGCUUCAACCUUCAGAUGGAUUUGAGUAAAAUUAACAGCUCGCAUAAAUCCUGUGAAGAAAUGAAAUUGGUGAAAGAUAAUUGUGCUGUACUCACCUGCCAAGUUAAUACAACUAAAACAGUCAGACGGAGCAGUGGUGAAGAUAGGUCUCUGAUCCAGGAAGACGACACAACAGACAGACCCAGUUAUCAACACGACUACAAAAAGUACAGGAUUCAGCUCUUCGAUGCCAUAUUUGAAGGAGAUCUGUACACCAUAGAUGUUCUACUUCAAAAGAUCGAGGAAUCUAAUGGUUGUCUCUCUCACCAAAAGUUAAAAGAUUCAAACACCGGUCAAACUUGUCUUAUGAAAGCCUUGCUGAAAAUAACAAACAAAACAGAGGAACAAGCCCAAGACAUUAAGCUGGUGGAAAUUGUCAAGAAGCUAAUCUCCUUUUCGAAGAAGACAGGAGACCUAAAAGCCUUUAUUAACGCAGCUUACACUGACAAGAUUUACAGAGGGCAGACGAGUCUUCACAUCGCUGUGGAGCGCAGGAGGUGUGACCUGGUCAAAUUCUUGGUCAGAAAUGGAGCUGCUGUCGAUGUCAUGGCCAAAGGAAGCUUCUUCCGCAACAAGAAACACAAGCAGUGUUCCUUCUACUUUGGGGGUUUCCCACUCAGUCUGGCCGCCUGUACCAACCAGCUGGACAUUGUGACCUUCCUGAUUGACCAUGGCGCUGACCCAUGGGCACAGGACCGGGCAGGGAACACAGUGCUGCACGCACUGGUGUCCAUCGCUUACGACACGCCGGACACUCGGAGCUUUGUGACGGAGAUGUACGACUUUAUCCUGAUGAAGAGCACUGACAUGGAUCCCAGUGUCAACCUGGAGAAGAUCACCAACCGCGAGGGCCUGACCCCACUGCGCCUGGCCGCUCACACGGGCAAGAUUGGGAUAUUUAAACACAUUCUGGGAAGGGAAAUAAAACAGAAGAAGUAUAAGCACCUUUCUAGAAAGUUCACUGAGUGGGAAUAUGGACCGGUGUCUUGUUCUUUAUAUGACCUCACUGGAGUCGAUACAAUUGAGCAGAAUUCAGUGCUUCAGACGGUUGUCUACAGCAGCAGGAACAGGAACCGUCACGAGAUGCUUUGUGUGGAACCCAUGAAUGAGCUGCUCCAGAAGAAGUGGGAGGAUUUUGGUGCAUGUUUAUUCAUUGUCAGCUUCUUGUUUUACCUCACCUACAUCAUCACCUUCACCUUCAUGGCCUCCUACAGACUUGAGAGAAGCAAAGCACUGGAACAGGAGGAGUGUUUCCACCUGAUAGGAUACAUGACCCCGAUAUCUGCAGUGAGUUAUCUGCCCAGGCUCUUUCGGGCACAGAGUUAUAUACUGUUGACUGCUGUGUACUUUCUGAUUAAGGAGGGGGCGGAAAUGAUAUACUUGAGACGCUCCAAACUACACUCCGUGCUACAGGAUGGAUUCUUUCACGUUCUGUAUUUCCUCCAGUCCAUUCUCGUGAUCAUCUUCAACACCUUGUGCUGGGCAAAUGUGGAAAGUUCCCAAAUACUGCUUGUUCUAGCUCUUGCCCUGGGAUGGUUCAACGUCUUGUAUUACACACGAGGCUUCAAACUGACUGGAAUUUACUGCGUGAUGAUGAAAAAAAUUAUUCUGCAGGAUAUCCUGCGAUUCCUACUAAUUUAUGCAGUCUUCAUUGUGGGAUUCACAGCAGUAUUUGCCUCACUGAUUGAGGAAUGUCCACCAGGCAGCGACUGCCCUUACAAUGGAUUCAGCUCUGCGAUCCUGGAGCUCUUCAAACUCACUAUUGGACUGGGAGACCUGGGGAUCCAGAGGCACUCCAGAUUCCCCAUCUUUUUCCACAUGCUCCUGGUGCUUUACGUGAUCCUGACUUUUGUCCUGCUCCUGAACAUGCUGAUUGCCCUGAUGGGAGAGACCGUGACCAAGAUUUCCAGCGAGAGCGAGAAGAUCUGGAAGCUGCAGAGAGCUGAGACCACUCUGCACUUUGAGAGAACUCUGCCUAAAUGGCUACGGACCAGAUGUAAAAACGGCCACAGCUUCACUGAGGUGACUGUCGGAAUCACGCCUGAAGGGAAGGAAGACAAACGGUGGUGUCUGAGGUUAAAUGAGGUCAACUGGAAUGAAUGGGACACUCGCAUCAAGACAACGAUUGAAUCAAUGGAAGAAUAGUAACAGAGCUACAACACAAAUCCACGUUACCCAGAUGGUGUGUGUGACCAAGGAAAACAAAAAAAGACUUGCAUUUUUGUAGCACCUUUCACAGCAUCAGGACAUCUCAAAGUGCUUUACAGCCAAUAAAGUACUUUUGAUGGUGUAGUCACUGUUGUAAUGUAACAAAUUUACCCACAGCAAUGACUAAAUAAGCAACUUUUUAGUGAUGUUAGUUGAGGGAUAAAUAUUGGCUAGGACACCAGGGAGACCUCCCCUACUCUUCUUUGAAACAGUGUCAUGGGAUCUUCUGUGUUCACCUGAGAGGGCAGAUGGAGCCUCAGUUGAAUGUUUCAUUCAAAAGAGAGCACCUCCAACAGCACAGCGCUCCCUCAGUACUGACCGUCCAACAGUGCAGCACUCCCUCAGUACUGACCCUCCGACAGUGCAGC